AAAGAGUGUGCUAUUCUUCAAUCAUUUUGGGGUGUAAGAUUCGUGAGCAACUUUAUAAAAAUUUAAGUGAUUUUGUUGAUUUUCAGUAUAAAGCUAAAAAUGUUUUUAAGCAAGGUUUUAGUGACAGUUUUAAAUUAAAAGCAAAAUCUAAGGAAAACAUUAAUGAUGAUAUUUAUAUAAACUUUCAUAAUUAUAAUAUAGAUUUUUUAUUAGUUCACCUACGUGAUACUUUACAUAGUAUGCGUGAUGAUGAAACAUGCAUGGAUGAAAUUUUACGACGUAUUAAAGAAUUUCUUUCAUCUCUUAUCUAUAUUUCACCUCAAGCUGCUUCAGCUGCAUCAGGAAAUAUUCCAAAUGCACUUAGUGUUGCUGAAAUUUUACCAAAACUUGCUAAAGUUUUUCAUUUUAAAUAUCCUAUUACUUACUGGUAUCCUACAUGGCGUGGACUUUUAUUAAUUCAUUAUUUAUUAGAAAAUUUAUCUAAAGAUGAACUUCAUGGCAUUUUAAGAUUCUAUAAUGAAACUUAUCUUUUUGAAUUACUUUGGCAAUAUGUCUUUGAUUUAAGUAUUAGUCAAAUAGAUCAAAAAGAGAUUUUGAAUAAUCAAAAUGAAGUUAUUGGAUUUUUGAAUUUAUGGAUAAAGAAAGAACCCACCGCUCCCCCAAAUUCAUUAUGGUUUGGAGUUUUAGAUCUUGCUCAAAGUUUAAGCCAAAAAACAUCUCAACUUGCGAGUUUAGCUCUUUGUUAUUAUUUAGGUUUAGAAUCAUUGCAAAAAUCCAAAU